AAUCCACUUCUGCUAUGCCUCCCUCCCCUCCUAGGGCAAGAGCCGAAGCCAGAGGGCGGUGCCUUGGGGUCCCUCCCCUCCCCCAGGAGCAGGGCUCCCCCCUCUGGCCGGAAGUAUUCGGACCACUGCGAAGCCCGGGCCUCCCGCCCCGGCAAGAGUCGAAUCCCUGGCCGAGACCAUCGUCGAUACUACCAUGACCAUUGGCGGCUGGAAUACCUGAUGGACUUCAACCCAGCCAGGCACGGGAUGGUGUGCAUGGUGUGCGGCAGCUCUCUGGCCACCCUCAAGCUCAGCACCAUCAAGAGGCACAUCCGUCAGAAGCACCCCUACUCCCUGCACUGGAGCCCCCGAGAGAAGGAGGUCAUCAGCAGCAGCUGGGAUGCCCACCUUGGGCUGGGGGCCUGUGGGGAGGCCGAAGGGCUAGGGGCUCGAGGGGCUGAGGAGGAGGAAGAGGAGGAGGAGGAGGAGGAGGAGGAGGAAGAGGAGGAAGAAGAGGAGGGAGCCCCUGCUGCUCUCCCCGUUUGCCUACCCAAGAGCACAGGGCGAUCCUCUUCCGGCAGUGGGGGUGGCCGGCUCCGGAGGCGCGGGGGCCCUUCAGCUCCCCGACGGCCCGGGGCAAGUGGAGGGCUGGGGGGCCCCCGGAGUCUGGAGCGGCGGCUGAAGGAGUCCCUGCAAAGCUGGUUUCGGGCCGAGUUCCUCAUGGACUACGACCCUCGGGGCAACCGGCUGGUGUGCAUGGCCUGCGGCCGGGCCUUGCCCAGCCUGCACCUGGAUGACAUCCGGGCGCACGUACUGGAGGCACACCCUGGCUCUCUGGGGCUCACGGGCCCGCAGCGCAGCGCUUUUCUGCAGGCUUGGGGCACCUCGGCUGCGGGGCCACCCCACCCUCCAGCAGGGCUGAGCUCCGUCUCUCCUUCCGUCCCCCCAACAGACGACGACCUCGGCCCUCGAGACCUGACCCGAAAAGCGCAGGCUGCAGGCGCAGCCGCCUCCUCCCUGCAGCGCACUCUGUCCGCCCCUGGGGCCCGGGGAGCCGCGGCCGGAGCGGAGGCGGCUGCGGCAGCCGGGGCAUCUGGUGGCCUGCCCCGGGGCCGCGACCAUCGGCGCUACUACCAGGAGCGCUGGCGGCUGGAGUACCUGAUGGAGUACGACGGCGGGCGCCGCGGCCUGGUGUGCAUGGUGUGCGGGGGCGCGCUGGCCACGCUCAAGAUGAGCACCAUCAAACGGCACAUUCGCCAGCGGCACCCGGGCUCCACCGGCCUCAGUGGGCCCGUCAAGGCCCUCAUUGCCCAGGAGUGGAGCCGCAAGGCCACGCACCUGCUGGCCCUGGGGCUGCCCUUCUCCGAGCCCCCGGGGGUCCGGGGCCACAGGGCAGAGGAGGAGGAAGAGCAGGAACGGGGAGGAGAAGGGGAGCCCGACGAAGAAGAGGAGGGAGAGUGGGAUGUCAGCGCCAGGAGGCCCGAGGAGGAGGAGGAGGGGGAAGAGGGGGAGGAAGAAGAGGCCGAGGCCCCGGAGUGGCAGGCCAGCAGCGCCCCCCCUGCUCCGCCCCCACCGCCCUCUCCGCCCCCGCCCCCGCCCCCGCCCGCCCCGCGCAGCCGGGAGCAGAGGCGCAACUACCAGCCGCGCUGGCGGGGCGAGUACCUGAUGGACUACGACGGCCGGCGGCGCGGCCUGGUGUGCAUGGUGUGCGGGGGCGCGCUGGCCACGCUCAAAGUCAGCACCAUCAAGCGCCACAUUCUGCAGGUGCACCCCUUCUCCAUGGAAUUCACGGCGGAGGAGCGCAAGACCAUCCUGGAGGCCUACGAAGAGGCGGCCCUGCGCUGCUACGGCCACGAGGGCUUCGGGCAGCCGGCGCCGCCCGCGGGGGGCCCGGACGGGGACGUCCAGCCGGGCGCCGUGUGCCGGGCGUAG